UAUUAAAAAAAACUUGUUUGUCUCUUUUAGCUAAUAGCUUGCUAUUCCACCAGUGGUAAACCAGCUAAGGGUAAAAUCUAUGAAAGUGCCGCUGAUGCAGUACACGAUUUACACGAUGGUGCCAAAAUCUUGUUUGGUGGUUUUGGUCUUUGCGGUAUACCAGAAAAAAUGAUUGAAGCUAUUAAACAAAAGGGCGCGAAAAACUUAACAGCCGUUUCAAAUAAUGGAGGUAUUGAUGACGCCGGUUUGGGUGUUCUUUUGAAGUCUCGCCAAUUGGGUAAGAUGAUUGUCUCUUAUGUAGGUGAAAAUGCUGAAUUGGUCAACCAAUAUUUAUCCGGUGAAUUGGCAGUAGAGUUGACACCACAAGGUACUUUAGCUGAAAAAAUUAGAGCAGCUGGCGCUGGUGUACCCGCCUUCUAUACACCCACCGGUUAUGGUACACUUAUUCAAACAGGUGGAGCUCCAAUUAAAUACAGCAAAGAUGGUAAAGUUGAAAUUGCUAGCAAACCCAAACCAGUACAAGAAUUUAAUGGCAGAAACUAUGUCAUGGAAGAGGCUAUGUUUGCUGAUUUUGCUAUUGUCAAGGCUCAAAAGGCUGAUCCCUAUGGCAAUUUGGUUUUCAAUAAGGCUGCCCGUAACUUCAAUGCCGCUAUGUGCCGUGCUGCUAAAGUCACCAUUGUUGAAGUCGAAGAAAUUGUGCCCGUAGGUGCUAUUGAUCCCGAUGAAAUCCAUAUUCCUGGCAUCUAUGUUAAGCGUAUCUUCAAGGGUACCAACUAUGAGAAACGUAUCGAAAAGGUACGCAUUACUGAGACUGACUCUACCAAGAAAUCGGCUCCCACACCAGCCCAGGCCGUACGUGAACAGAAAAAGGCUUUAAUUUUAGAUGAGCUUUCUAAAGUUAUAUUCAUACAAAAGGGAAUUUUAAAACAGAUGUUUAAACAGCUGUCCAAUAGUGUUGUAAAACGUCAACAUAACAACAAUUAG